UUUUUUUUUUCUCAUGCCAUGCCAUUGUAUCGAAGGGUUAAACUAGUUGCCAGUAAUAGUUCGGGGGUUGGCAUGGAGCCGGAGAAGUGGAGAGGAGCCGAGUCGGAGUCGGGUCCUGAGGGAUCCGUAACCGAGAGAGCUGAACGAUACUACCCGCCAAGUAACCUAGAGAGCACGGUAAAAAUUGCCGUUUGAGAGAACGUACAAUGAGAUGUACAAUUGAAGUGGAUCGAGGAUGAUCCUUUCUCAGCUGGUCAGGGAUUGGGAAUGAGCUUUUUCACUUGCAUGCGCGCUCAAAAGAUCAGACCGACAGAUUGAGUAUGUGAGAGAUAUCUGUGGAACUUUGAUAAUACUGAUCGGGCCUUAUGUGACCUCAUCGGAACCAAAACGGCUGUGUCUUGGCCAUUUAUAGUAUCCUUUUUAGAUGCACAAUGAUUCAUUGGCACCGGUGUAUCCCAAAUAGGGAGCACAUCGUGGAUAGAGGAUUAGACGAAACGGCUUGGAUGGAUGGUAAAGGCAGUUCCGCACCACUUCAUGACUCUGGUCUGGUUUGCAAUUUUUUCAAUGGGAGGGAAGUCGUCUUGGCGAGAGGAGAUGACGAGAUUCAAUCGGGACUGUUAUUGGUUCUGUAUAAUGGUGUUGAGGCUUCUGGGUAUUCCGCUGACUUGAUAGCUAUAACAACUUAGCAAAUGUGUCGCUAUUGAU